CAUAAGCACAUACACAUCAUCUCUCCAGCGUGUUGAUUUAUGGAAACAAUUAUAACUCUGGUGGAGCCUUUCUGAGCUGAGAAAGUUUGUAGCUACAGUAGAGAGUCUCAUGUUGCAAAAAACAGACAACAGAAAUGGAGUACUUGGGUAUCCAGCUCUUAUCAACAGGAACAAAUCUUUUACUUUCAGUGCAAGCAGCAAAUUCAAGUAGUACAGAAGGUCACAACAACAAAGGUUUUUAUAACUGGUGUCUUUAAAGGAUAUUCUGACUGAAGAGAUAUUUAAGAAGCUCUUCUAUUUCGCCAUUAACUAUUAAGGAAUAACGAUCAGAAUUCUAGAAGAGGGAACAAUCACAUUUAAAUGAAUCUGUAACUCGUAAAGACAGAAGGCAGGUCGGUGACCUAAGAGCAACAGUCUACUUGAGAUUUAAUUUUCAUUAUGUUGUUCAUGAACACCCAGAACACUGCACUAUAAUGCACAAAUGGAUGCUGACAUGGAUCCUGCCAAUUUUGCUCUACAGAUCAUACUUUUACAUUGUCUUUCUAAUGGGCACUAUAUCUUUAGCUUGCAAUGACAUGACUCCAGAGCAAAUGGCUACAAGUAUGAACUGUUCCAGCCCUGAGCGACAUACCAGAAGCUAUGAUUAUAUGGAAGGGGGAGAUGUAAGAGUGAGAAGACUUUUCUGUCGAACUCAGUGGUAUAUGAGGAUUGAUAAGCGAGGCAAAGUAAAAGGGACAAGAGAAGCAAACAACAACUACAGUAUUCUAGAAAUCCGAACAGUGGCAGUUGGAAUAGUGGCAAUCAAAGGAGUGGAAAGUGAAUACUUUCUGGCAAUGAACAAGUCAGGAAGACUCUAUGGAAAGAAAGUAUGUAAUGAGGACUGCAACUUCAUAGAACUGAUUGAAGAAAACCAUUAUAACACAUAUGCUUCUGCAAAAUGGACACAUAAAGGAAAGGAGAUGUUUGUAACAUUAAAUCACAAAGGGGUCCCGAUGAAAGGUAAAAAAACAAAGAAAGAACACAGAGCAUCCCACUUUCUUCCUCUGGCAAUAUCCUAAUCACAAAUGAUCUAUAAAGAACUAGUUCCAGCAGGAAGAUUAUUUUUAAGAAGACUAUUCGACAAGAUUUCAAGAGAGGCUGGAAUACUACUGAGAAACUGAACAAGCUGGACUUGCGCAUUUAUGUUUAUUUUUAAAAGACUACGUGAAAAAGAUUUGAAAAUAUACACAAAAUCAGAUUUACUAACUAAAAGUUGUAAAAAAUUCUAAAGAGUUGUACAAUCAUUAUCUUAGUCAUUGUA